AUGGAGAGAUCCUGGGAUUUCUCUGAUCCUGAGGAUUCUUCUGAGGAUCCACAUACUAUUAUUUUUGAAUCUCACAGUACAGAUAAAUCAACAGAUCAAUCUAAUCCCGAGGAAUCUUCCUUGAACCAUGAAGGAUCUCACACAGGAGAACAUUCCUUGUCAUCUACAGUGUGUGGGAAUUCUUCCAAAGAAACCAGAGAGCCUCUUACACACCAGAAAAGUCAUAAGAGUUUGCGUACUUUCUCAUGUCCAGAGUGUGGGAGAUGUUUUAAUGUGAAAAGAAUCUUUCUCAAUCACCAGAGAAUUCACACUGGCGAGCGUCCAUUCACGUGUUCGCUUUGUGGUAAAGGCUUUAUUCAGAAAGGAAACCUUCUCAUACACCAGAGAGUUCACACAGGCGAGCAUACUUUUCCAUGUUCUGAGUGCGGCAAACUUUUUACUUACAAAGGAAACCUUCUUAAACACCAGAGAAUUCACACUGAGUGCGGGAAAUGUUUCCACGAAAAAGGAAAUCUUCUUAAUCACCAGAGAAUUCACACAGGCAAACGUCCAUAUUCGUGUUCAGAGUGCAGGAAAACUUUUGUUCGGAAAGGCGAACUUAAUAAUCACCACAGAAUUCACACUGGCGAACGUCCUUUUUCAUGUUCAGAGUGCGGGAAAUGUUUCCACGACAAAGGAAACCUUCUUAAACACCAGGGAAUUCACACGGGCAAACGUCCAUAUUCAUGUUCAGAGUGCGGGAAAUGUUUCCACGAAAAAGGAAACCUUCUUAAACACCAGGGAAUUCACACGGGCAAUCGUCCAUAUUCAUGUUCAGAGUGCGGGAAAACUUUUGUUCACAAAGGCGUACUUAAUAAUCACCAAAGAAUUCACACCGGCGAGCGUCCUUUUUCAUGUUCAGAAUGCGGGAAAUGUUUCCACGAAAAAGGAAGCCUUCUAAAACACCAGAGAAUUCACACGGGCAAACGUCCAUAUUCGUGUUCAGAGUCUAUGCAAGAUUUAAUUUAG